GGCACUAUUUGCAAACGCUCUAACAUCUAUUUGAUUCAGUGUGUAAAGUUCGUGCCAGUUCGCUUUUCUGGGAAAGUAAAACUGCUUAACUGAACACUCUCGGUCAUCUAAUCUUUUCCAGCCGUGGCCGACCAUCCUCGCGCUGCGCUCCAACAGCAGCCUUCAACCUUCAGCCCGGAAUCGUCAUUGCCACUGUUCCGAGCAACCCAAUUGGCUGCAAUAUGUGCGAGCGCGAGUGCGAGUGGAUGUGGAAGUGUGCAACUACUGAGGGUCGCAGCAGCACCACCAGCGGCAGCCAGGAAGCGGACCACUAGCGGCCAGGAACAGGGAGCAGCAGCGGCAGCUGCAACAAGUCACUCCACGCAACAAGUUAUCACAGCGCAGAGCGCUGAGCAUUAGGAUCGUCCAGUAUAUAUUACGCACAUCACAGAACCACAACCAGAACCCAGGGCCGUUACCAAAUCCCUGAGAAUUAAAGCCCAAACAGUUCCCUGAGCAUUCACAGCAUCACAUAAUCGAGAGGGCGCGAUGAGCCCGUUCGGCUCCAAGAAGAACCGCUCCCUGUCGGUGCGAGUCUGCACCUUCGACUCGGAGCUGGAGUUCGAUCUGGAGCCGCGUGCCUCCGGACAGGAUCUGUUCGACCUGGUCUGCCGUACCAUUGGCUUGCGCGAGUCUUGGUACUUCGGUCUGCAGUAUGUUGACACGCGCAGCAAUGUCUCCUGGCUGAAGAUGGACAAGCGGGUUCGAGACCAGCGGGUCGAGCUGCAUGCUAAUAACAACGUGUAUGUGUUUAGCUUCUACGCGAAGUUCUUUCCAGAGAACGUCAGUGAGGAGCUGAUCCAGGAGAUCACGCAGCACCUGUUCUUUCUGCAGGUAAAGCAGAGCAUCCUCUCGAUGGACAUAUAUUGCCGUCCGGAGGCGUCCGUUCUGCUGGCCUCGUACGCGGUACAUGUGCAGUACGGACCGUACGACUACGAGACCUACAAGGACGGCAUGCUGGCCGGCGGUGAGCUUCUGCCCAAGGGCGUGACCGACCAGUACCAGAUGACGCCCAAAAUGUGGGAGGUGCGCAUAAAGACGUGGUACAUGGACCACGAGCCCAUGACGCGCGAUGAGGUGGAGCUGGAGUACCUGAAGAUAGCCCAGGACCUGGACAUGUAUGGCGUCAACUACUUUCCUAUUACAAAUAAGAACAAAACCAAAUUGUGGCUGGGUGUCACCGCCGUGGGCCUGAACAUCUACGACGAACGCGACAAGCUAACGCCAAAGACGACGUUCCAGUGGAACGAGAUACGGCACGUAAGCUUCGAUGACAAGAAAUUCACCAUUCGUUUGGUGGACGCCAAGGUAUCGAACUUUAUCUUCUACUCACAGGACCUGCACAUUAACAAGAUGAUACUGGACCUGUGCAAGGGCAACCACGAUCUGUAUAUGCGGCGCCGCAAACCCGACACCAUGGAAAUUCAGCAGAUGAAGGCACAGGCCAAGGAAGAGAAGCAGCGACGCCAGAUCGAGCGCAAGAAGUUCAUGAGGGAGAAGAAGCUCCGUGAAAAGGCGGAGCACGAGCGCUACGAGAUGGAGAAGAGUUUGGAGCACCUGCAGAACGAGAUGCGCAUGGCCAGCGAUGCUCUGCGCCGCUCUGAAGAGACCAAGGAGCUGUACUUUGAGAAGAGCCGCGUCAACGAGGAGCAGAUGCAGCUAACCGAAUGUAAAGCCAACCACUUCAAGACGGAAAUGGACCGACUACGCGAGCGCCAGAUGAAGAUCGAACGCGAGAAGCAUGACCUGGAAAAGAAGAUCCGGGACGCCGACUUCUACGUUCACCAGCUUACGGUCGAAAACGAUAAGCGGGAGGCCGAGACGGAGAAACUACGCAAGGAGCUAAUCUGCGCCAAAAUGGCCGAGCGCGAGGCCACCGCUCGCCUCCUCAACUUCCUCAACAGCGGCCGCAAGUCUUCCACUGACAGUUUGCUGACCGCCUCCAGUGUCUCGCACGCAGCCAACACAGCGUCCAGCAUGGCGGCAAUCAGCACUCCGUCGCUGACCACCAGCAGCUCCACUAAUGACAUGGAGACCGCCGGCGGUGCCGAGCUGACCACCCACUCAUCGCACUAUCUUGCCCAGGGCGACAACUCGAGCGGUAUCUCCGACGACUUCGAGCCCAAGGAGUUCAUUCUCACCGACAACGAAAUGGAGCAGAUCACCAACGAGAUGGAGCGCAACCAUCUCGAGUAUUUGCGAAAGUCCAAGAAGCAGGUGCAAAAUCAGCUACAAACGCUGCGCUCGGAGAUCGCACCGCACAAGAUCGAGGAGAACCAGAGCAACCUGGACAUACUCAGCGAGGCACAGAUUAAGGCCGGCGAAAAUAAAUACUCCACGCUCAAGAAGCUCAAGUCCGGCUCCACCAAAGCGCGCGUCGCCUUCUUCGAGGAGCUCUGACCGACCGCCCUGUCCGUCUGAUUGACUCCCGACCAUGACUGCAUUCUCAUCUCUGGCUGUACGACGUUGUGUGUUCUGUUUGUUUUUUGUGCGCGUGCGACUGAGAGAAUGUAUAUGUGCGAGUGGCUUAACCCUAGAAUGUACCAUAUACCCGUAUAUACCAUAAUAUGUGUCGUACUAAAUGUGUUUAAAUUGUAUACUCAAGCCGCGGCUGCUGUAAUAAACCAACCUCCUGCCAGGGACCACAGCCCUGUGUUGGCAGGCCCAAAGAUA